CUGGCAGCUCGUUCUCCUGCAUAGAGUGAAGUAUUAGUAAGUACCACGCAGCAGGAGCCAUGGACUACAUUGGUCAAGAAAAUCGGCUUGAGGAGAAAAGACGAGGACCGUGUAAAAAAAGUCGGUGAGGAAAGUGUACAUGUGUAGAAUAAAAUGCUGGUAGAAAUUCUUGUUCCCUCGCUACGACAUAUCAGUUCCCUGAUUAUUUUACAUCACCUAGGGUGUCUUUUAUACCACCUAGUCCGUCGUGAAGUAGAUAUUUCCCCUACACAAAUAAUCAAAGCCUGAGCCACAAAGAAUCUGAUUGCAACUACUAGUACCGUGAAGACCACUCUGGUGUCGCAAACAGCUUUUUUGAAAACUAGAAUUUCAUCAAAAGCCAUUCUACUACCAAUCGCAAAUAAGCCUUUUUUUCGAACAUCAACUUCUUCGCUGAAGUAGUUGUACGAUUGUAAAAACUUCCACUUGCAACUAAACGACCACGGAAGUGAUUGAUCAGUACCAACCCACAAAGUAGAAACACAAACUAGUGUAUUUCCCCCACUUAGUUACAUCUUCAUAUAGCGCCGAGUUGUAAUAUUUCUUCUAGGCUCCUUUCAGCAUCACAGCUCUUCUUGCUUAUCGCGUAGGUAUACAACCCCGCCGCAAGAACCCCCUGCAACUACAUACUGUCGUGAUAUAGCGAAUUGUUCUUGUACUUGAGCUACUUCUCCUGCGUUGCUAAAACUCCAACUCAAAAAGUACUAUUCUGUUAUCAACAUUAUACCCCCGUCUAGUAAGUAUAAGUACUGCAAAAUCGUCGAGACUGGUGAUCAAAAUGUCGCGUCUUUUGAACCUGUCCGUCCGCCUCGUGGCGUUGGGGCAGCUGCACCUGGCUUUCUUCAAGCCUGCGUCUGCGGUACGGUUGCACGCUGCCGGAGGUGCAACUCCCGCUGCUACACCCCGGAAUGCAAAUAACGGUGGGGUUGCUCGCGCUGCCCGUGCUAGUGCGCGGCGGGACGCGCAGCAGCGGCAGCGGCGGGCGGAAGCUCCAGCUGCGGAGCGUCCGCUCGUCGGAGGCUCACGCCCUGACCAAUAUCGUGCGCUGCAGCGGGCUAAAGAAGCCAUAAACGAGUCUGUAGGGGGCGUCGGCGCCCAGCCGUUCCACCCGGAGGAGAGGGCUUUGCUUGACAGAGAGCGGGAAAAAAUCCAGCAAACCCUCGACAUGGUCCAGAGCUGCUGCGUUGCGGCUGGUACGGCAGGGACUGCCUUGGUGGCUUCCUCCGCACGGCAACUGCAGGCAGGACAAGCGGAUCUGUAUCCUCCGGUGCGAAAAUCUGUCUGGGUCUAGAAAAGAUUUAUUUCGCAAGAUUUGUUUUGCUUGUUUGGGAGGAUCAUGUUUACUCCAAGCACUCUCAUGCAUGGGUACUUACUGCUGCGAAAAGAUCUAGAUCCCCGCGCCCGCCUCGCAAAAAGGCAUGUUGAUGCCCUGUGGAAUAAUAUACGCAGAGCAAAAGUCUGUCCGUAUUUUUCCGAUGCAGUGCCCGUCACUGACUUCUCGCAGACUGGCAUGACAAGUUAGUUUCUGGACUCAGAUGCUGGAUGUUCGCAAAAAUUCAUAACCUGUGUUCACACAUCAUUGGAGCAACCGGCACUGUCGUGCUCAUGGGUGCUGCGGCCUGUGCUCAACCCAGCGGCGCGUUCACACAGGGCUUACGUCAACGCCUGGCUGUACUGGACAGACAGAUCUUGCAAGACGAUGUGCUCAGGACUAGAGAGGGAUUUGCACGGGAAGUGGAUUCGCUGCAGCGCCUGCACAAGGCCGCGGAACGUCAGAAACAGAUUGCCGCCACCAGCAGAGACCCCUUCUUCAGCGGGACCGCCCGACGUCUGCCUGAAGCACCGACACCAUGAGGCGGUCUAGGCUAUCGUAGGCCUUCAUUCAAAAAGAUUCGAGCAGAUACUAGCUAUUCAUUUUCUAUGACCGCUAGUAGUACCAGUGUAUGAAGAAAUUUAGAUUUUACCGUAUUUUUGUCCUUGAAAGGUGUAAGAUGAUCGUGGAAAGUCUAUGUUUAUGUUCAAGUUAUACAGCGCGUAGACCACCUAGACGUAGUGCACGUGCAGGUGGAAGCGCUCUGGUGAGUGAAUUUUUCCAUUUUAUUUUUCCCUGCGGUAGUACAUGCUGAGAAGGAGGUACAGGGUGAAAACCCACCAGUUGGUGCAACGACCACUAGCUCUCCCAUGAUUUUUCGGAACAAAAAUGUAGUCAUUUUAAUAGCUCGGAACAUCAACAACACGAAUACAACGAAGACGUAGAGGGGCCGACCCCCCCGGUGCAGCUUCCUCGAGGGCUCACAUGGAUGUUUCCGAAAGAAUGCUGAAGAGAAAAUGAAGAGAUGAUCAUUUUUUUUGGUUUAAAGUACUACCCUGAAGAUCCUUUCCACUCCCGUGUUUUUGAAGGACGUCCCCCACGGAAACGUUUUGCGCUCUCCGCCUCCGGGUGCUGAGACACCUCUUGGACUCCAAGAAAGUUCGCGCUGAGAAGCCUCUUGGACACACUGCCACUUGGUAUUUGUGAGCCUGGGGCAAUUAGGCGAAGCUCUGCCCCUGUCGAUCGAGAAACAUGGGAAGAGGCGACCGCUGACCACCACCCACAGAAACAAGCGAAAAGAAACAUCUAUACCCCGUAAUCUGUAAGAUGAAGAUUGGUGAAGAUGUCAUCGAAAACUGAAUGCUUGU